AUGAAUUUCUCUGAUGGAGUAACAGAGAUAUUACACAAACAAAGAGGUACCCAUCAACCUAAAGAAAAAAGCAUACGACAGCUGCAUCCUUCCUGUUUUACCUAUGGCUUGGAAACCUUGGCAAUAACCCAAAAAGCAGCAGAACAACUGAGAGUUGUACAAAGAGCCAUGGAGAGAAUAAUGCUGGGAGCCACCUUUAGGGACAGAAUACAAAAUAUCCAGAUACGUGAUAGCACCAAGAUCGGCCAUGUGUCGAGACAGGAGCCGGAUAAAUGGACCCAGAAAGUGAUACUAUGGAGACCAAGAGAGACAACAAGAAGUGUGGGCCGACCUGAAAAGAGAUGGAUCGAUGACGUCAGAACAGUGGCAGGAGAACAGUGGAUGAGAUUGGCAACAGAUCUUUUAGCAUGGAAUAACCUGGAAGAGGCCUAUAUCCGACAAUGGAUGAACACGAGCUGA